AUGAGAGUGGCAGUGGUGGGUGCAGGCACCAGUGGGCUGGCAGCCACCAAGUGCUGCCUGGAUGAAGGGCUGGAGCCCACCUGCUUCGAGCAGAGCCAGGACAUCGGAGGACUCUGGCGCUACACGGAGCACAUUGAGGCCCGCCGGCCAAGCCUGUACCCGUCGGUCAUCAGCAACACCUCGAAGGAGAUGUCCGUGUUCUCUGACUUCCCCUACCCUGAGGACUUCCCGGUGUUCCUGCCCAAUGCCCAGCUCCUGGACUACCUCCGGCUCUAUGCUGAGCGCUUUGGCCUUCGCAAGCACAUCAAAUUAGGGACCACUGUUGUCAGCAUCCGAAAACACCCCAACUUUGCCACCACGGGCCAGUGGGAUGUGGUCACAGAGGCAGAUGGGAAGCAGACAUCUCACAUUUUCGAUGCUGUUAUGGUUUGCAGCGGCAAUUUCUCCGAGCCAUUCCUGCCCCUGCACUCUUUUCCUGGCAUCAAGAGGUUUCAAGGCCAGUACUUUCAUAGCCGGCAGUACAAGCAUCCUGACGUGUUUCAGGGGAAGCGUGUCCUCGUGGUCGGCAUGGGCAAUUCGGGAGCGGACAUCGCAGUGGAGGCCAGCCGUGUAGCCGCAAAGGUGACCAUUUCCACAAGUCGAGGUGCCUGGCUGCUCAGCCGGGUGUUUGAACAUGGCUACCCAUGGGACAUGGUUUUGAACACUCGCCUUAUGAGCUUGAUCAGAAAUGGCCUCCCCGGACCCCUUUCACGGAGGUUGCUCGACUACAAGGUGAACCGGUGGUUCAAUCAUGAAAACUAUGGUCUUCAACCAGAGAAGAGCUGCCUGGUGCGCGAGCCUGUGCUGAACGAUGAUCUUCCAAGCUACAUCCUGACGGGGAGGAUCACCAUCAAGCCAGGCGUGAAAGAGUUCAAGGACAACUCAGUUGUUUUCCACAAUUGCCCUAAGGAGGAGCCCAUUGAUAUUGUCGUCUUCUGCACGGGUUACAACAUCUCCUUCCCGUUCCUAGAAGAAGCAGUUGUCACGGUGGAAAAGAACCACGUGUCCCUCUACAAAUACAUGUUCCCAACCGACCUGCAGAGGCCCACACUGGCUGUCAUUGGGCUGAUCAAGACACUAGGAGCCAUGAUGCCAGUGACAGAGAUGCAAGCACGCUGGGCAACCCGCGUAUUCAAAGGCUUGUGUCGGCUGCCUCCUCGAUCUGUCAUGGAGAAGGAAGUAAAUGAGAAGAACAAAAACCAAGUGCAAUGGUUCGGUCUGUCCUUCGAUGAAGUCCUGAAAACCGAGUGGCUCGCCUACAUGGACAAGAUCGCCUCUUUCAUCGGUGCCAAGCCCAGUGUGCUGGGCCUGCUCUGCAGGGACCCUCGGCUGGCCCUUACUGUUUUCUUCGGCCCCUGCACCCCCUACCAGUACCGGCUGGGGGGGGCCGGGGAGCGCUGGGAGGGGGCACGCCAGGCCAUCCUCACCCAGUGGGACCGGACCCUGAAGCCCACGAGAACACGAGUCCCCGCCAGCUCCUCCAACACCUGCCCUUGUCUACUGAUUGUGGUGGGGUUUCUCCUGCUCCUGGCUGCCUGGGUUUUCAGUUUCCAGUAG